UUUUUCUUAAAUCAAUCAAUGAAAUAAAUAUAUGCCAAAUUCAACGCCUUAAAAUAUUUCAAAAUAUUCAAAUCAAACAUGAGUGUAAGUGAAAAAACUUUUCCUGGCCGAAUUCAGUUGAUAAGAAAAAUAAGUGCACAAGAUCCAUUAUUGGACAAGAAACAACAAGACAUUCGAAAAGAAACAGAAGAUGAGAACAUUCAAAAAUUUCAAAUUUUACCAAUUGAACAUCAUUCAUCAGGAUUUGGCAAUGGAAUUAUAACAUUGAACGACUGUUGUUUUCAUUUUAAGUGUCCUGAGAUUAUUAAAGAGAGUAGGGGACAAAAUCGGCUGUAUUUCAAAAGCAAUGAAGAUUCAAAGGCUAAUAGGACCAAGGAGAGUAUCUGUGUUACUAAUACCAGGUAUUCUGUUAUACCAAAUGUAUCCAAGUCAAUGGGAUUUAAAAUUGUGAAGGAUAUGAAAUUGUGGAAUAUUUUGUGGACAGAUUCGAUGCCAGGAGUAGAAGUGUAUAAGAAUAUGAAACGUUUUCAGCAAAUCAAUCAUUUUCCCGGAAUGAUUGAAAUCUGUAGAAAAGAUCUUCUUUCUCGAAAUUUAAACAGGAUGUUAAAAUUAUAUCCGUAUGAUUAUGACAUUUUUCCAAAGACAUGGAUUUUCCCAGCCGAGUAAGUAUUUAACGUAAUAAGUGCUUAUUAAACAAAGAAAUCUGGAAUCAAAUAAACUGAUUCCAUACUAAACACAGACGAAUAGACCUUUGUUAUUUUAUGAAAACUGCAAGUUUUUUGGUGUAUGUCUCUAAUAAAGGUAAGAACAAUCGCCGACUAUGAAGCUUGGAACAAAUUGGCUUUGAUAGGUAGAAGGUAUUAAGGAUCUAAAAAAUUGCAACUCAAAUUAGUUAAAUAAUAAAAUAAUGUCAAUUUGUUUUCUCAGACCAUAAAUGUGUGUGACAUGGCGUAAUAACCAUCGAACUGUCCAACAGGCUUAGGAAAAAUCUUUUAAUAUUUUCCCAAGGACAUCUCUGACAAACUUCAUAGUCAGGGAUCGUUCUUACCUUUAUUGGGGCAUGUAUAGUUAAA